AUGCCUGUUGUGAAUUUACCUCGAGUUCCAGAUGGUCUUCGAGAUCUAAUGAAAAGUUUAACACGGGAAGUUUUACGUGAGAAACCAGAAAAUAUUUAUGAAUUUUCUGCUCAAUAUUUUGAAUCGAAAUUGGAUAAAAAGAAUGAAUAUAUUGUAAAGAGUUUUGAACCAGUAACAAUAUUGGAAAUCGGUACCAGAACACGUCAAGAAUUACCACUUUCGUUGGUCUACACAAUUAUACCUCAAGGACUUACUGAACUAAUUAAAGAUUUCAUAAAAGCUGUACUCAGAGAAAAUCCAAGCAAUUUAUGUGAAUUUGCAGUACAGUACUUUCGAAACUUACAAAAUUUAAAUGAAUUACAAAAUUCUAUUCGAUAUACUGAAUAUGAAAAUUAUAUCGGUAACAAGGAGCGAUUUUCCUUUACGCCAUACCUUAAUGGAAAGUGCAUUUGUGGAAGAACAAUUAGAACCAAUAAUAAAGAUUUUUUAUAUAAUGAAAAUGUAUCUAACUUUCCGCAAAAUUUCGAAGCUAAAAAUAAUCACAGUGAUAAACACCUAAUUACAACAACUAUUUAUACUACAAAUGAAAAAUCGAUAGACACCCAUUACGGUGAAAAAUAUGUGAAAGCAGUGUACAUCAUACAAAGGUUUCUGAAGCGUUGCUAUAAGAUGAGACGUGAUGUGCGAAAUGUGGCAUACCCAAGUGACAUCAGCAAAUCAAAUGAGGUUCAGUACGACAAAAUGUCUGUGGAAACCGCGGCUUUUAUCAUACAACGGUCAUUAAGAAAACUACUGAAAAAAAAUAGACUUCAAAAACAAAUGCCAACAAAUACAGUAAAUAUGUUAAAAUUAGAACCUUCAAAUCAUAAUGAAGAAACCAAUGACAAUGCUUCUGAAGCCGCCUCAUAUACUUCAGCAUCCACCGUUCUAAUGUCGGCAGAGUCGCUUGGUGAAUAUUCUGAUAUGGGUAUUGCAAAUUACGAAGAGGGGGUGCUACAAGAAACUAUUAUCGAGGACGAGGAAACGGAUAAUGACCACUCAAAUAUUUCGCAGAACGCAAGUUUAAGUAGAAAUAAACGCGAUGUUUCAAAUAUUUUGGAUGGGAAAAUUCCAGAAACAAAUAAAAUUACUCAAGGUUUCCACGAAAAUAACGAAUUAGAAAACAAAAAUGUCAUUGGUAGCACUGAAAUUGAAUCUAUUGAUUCUCUGACAUAUAAAAAUGUAUCACAAACAAAAGAUAUAGCAUCAUUACAAGAAAACGAUAAAGUGAUUUAUGAGAAAUUUUUAAAAGAUGUACCAAAACAAAUAACAAAUCCUACAGAAACUCCACAACUUAGUAAUGAGCAGAUGAACAACGAUUCCACGGCAACUGAUGAAGAAGAUAGAGAAUCAAAUAUGAAACCAGAUGUAACAAUAGAAACUAUAGACAAAGAAUAUGAAACUGAUAAUAAUAAAGCAAAUGACAACGAAAACUUGGAAAAAUCUUUAAUGACGGAAGACGGUUUCAUUAACAGCACCACAGGGGAAUUAGAUGGUGGAGAAAUGAAAACAACUGAAACUGAAAAUAAUACAGAUAAAAUCGAUCAAAUUGAACAAGAUUUCGAAUUAAAAGGUCAUAAAUUAGAAACUGAAGAAAGCCUAACAGAAACUACAAAACAAGAUGAAGAAUAUAAUUUAGAUGCAAAUGAUACUUUGGAUUUAAAAGGCAUAGAAAAAUUAAUUAAAAAUGAAAACGAUUCAGAAAAUGCAGCUGAAAGUGAUAAACCAGGACACCACUCGGAAAUCUCUAAUAAAGCUGAUGAUAAAAACGAUGUUUCAGGAAUCGAUAAACUACAUAAUGAAGACUUACACAAUGCAUCCAUAGAAACUGUCACCGAAGAGAAAAUUAAUGAAAAUCAAAAAAAGAAAAUUAAAAAAUCUUUGGAUGAUUCAACUAACUAUUUGAACCACCAUGAUAUGUUGGUAGAGGAAAAAUCCGAAAUCGAAAACCAAACCCAAGAAAAUAAACCCGAAAAUAAAGAAUAUAUUCCUAUAAACAUGAAGAAUUUACCUAAAGAACUUUCAGAACAGGAUGGGGCUAAUAAUACAGACGAUAUGAGAAAUGAAAAAUUCCAUGUAAAAGAGAGUUCUAGAGAAUUAAAAAAAAUUACCAAUCAAGACAAUAACGAAACGGCUUUCAACGACAUAGAAAACCAAAAUAGAAGUAAUGAAAAAUCUGCUGAUGAAUUUAUGGAAACUGACGAAAAAAUGGAUAAGAAGUUUCUUCAAGAACCAAAUCGUACAGAAGGAAUUUCUGAAAAAACCGAAAACUAUACCGAAAAUAUUCCAAAAGAUGAUACAAAUAUAGUGGCUGAAGAUGACUCCGCAGAAUACGGUGAGCACAAUACAAUCAUUGGGGAAGAAAAUUAUACGGACCCUAAUAAAAUUAUUGAAAAUGCUGAAACAGAGUCAAAUGAAAACAUUGACAUUGAGAAAAGCAAUGGAAAUUCCUUAGAAGCAAAUACAGAUAAAGCAUUAACCAAACAGGCAUCUGAAGAGAAAAAAAAUAAACCUGAAAAUGAAGCUACAAUGGAAGUACAAAAUGAAAAUAAAUCGUCUGCAUCUAUGGAAGAAUCUAAAAAUUAUGGUAACGCCAAUAUUGAAGAUUCAAAUAAAAUUGAAAACCAAUGCAUAACAGACGAAAAAAAUACUGAUGUUGCUGAUAUGGAAAAAUUCAAAAAAAGCUUAGAAAUUGAUCAGCCAGCAAUUAACUCUUCAAGAGAUCAACCCAUUGAACAUACCAUCAUUGAAGAACUUACUACACCCGAUAUUCAUAGAGCACAAGAUAAUGAAAAUAAUAACUUAAAAGUUAAAAUACCAAAAGGUAGUUCGUUACAAGAUAUUUUAAAUGAAAAUAAAGAUGAAAAUGAAAUCUUCGAUCAAAUAAAGCAUGAAAAUGAAAAUAAUGAGACAAGAACCAUUGCUGAUGAUUCUACUUUAAACAAUAAAAGAAUAGACCAUUCUUUAACGAAUAAUUCAAAUACAGUUGAAUCUGAAAAUAUAGAAUCUGAAGAUAUAGUUUCUGAUCAAUUUAAAUCUCAAACUGACGAAGACCUUUUUAACACUAAUAUUGAUUCAAGUAGUAUUGAUACUAGAAAUACAGAUGAUGAAUUAGAAGAACAUAAGCAUAUCAAGGAUAGUAAUUCUUUAGAAAAUAUUUCUGCUGAAUUGGGAAACUCUAAACGUUUAAUUGAAAAUAAUAUACAGUUAGCAGAUAUUGACAUUAAUAACGAAAUGGAUGAAAGUUUGAAAACCAAUAAUGAAAAAGAUAAAAUUUUAGAUGAUAAUAAAACCGAUGAAAGCAAUUUAGAGAAUAAAAUACAUGAAGACUUAACUAAUCACGAAAUCAAUAAACCUCAAGAACAUGAAAAUAAAAAUAAUAAUAUUGUUGCCUCACCACAAUCAAAAAUGAAUUCUCUUGAAUCCAUUGCUACCGAAUCUAAAACUGAGAGAACAGUAUUGAUUCAAUCAAAUGCAGAUAAAGACGCCUUUGGGAAUAAUAACAAUACUGUUAAACAUAGUGAUUCUUUAAAACCAUAUGAUGAAAUCGGAGAAGAUAAAAUAAUUGAUAGCCAAAAAGAAAAUUCUUUUGAACCUAUGUCUACAGAUUCUAAAAAUGAGAAAGAAGUCUUUGAAUCCAUUAGCGCAGCUGAAGCUGAGUUCCGGGACAAUAACUCAGAUGAUGAAAAACAAACAGAGAAUCCUUUAAGUGUAAUGUCUUCUGAACCCAAAAUGGAGAAAAAAGAUAUUCAUCAAUUAAGUACAGAUAAUAUCAAGUCACUCAAUAGUGAAGAUAAAACAGACGAAAUCCACAAUGAUCCUGCCACGUCAGAUAAUGAACUCCGAGAAAAUAAAAUAAUUAGUGCUGCGAAGGAAAAUUCCUCAGAAACAAUUACUCCUACACCUCAAAAUGAGGAAAAAUAUUCUGAACAAAUAAAUGCGGGUGACAUAAAAUACGGAAUCCCUAGUUCGGAAAAUGAAGACGUUCAUUCAGCAAAAACGACUGAUGACUCUAAAGAAACUGUUAUACGAAAAGAAAUUUGUCCAGAAGCAAUUCUUGACAAACAUGAAACAGAGAAGAAAAUAUUGGAUGAAUCAAAUUCACAUGCAGUUAGGUCUCUUAAUGAAGUAGAUAACGUAAAACAGAAAAAUAUUCAACCCACACAAUUAGAUGAUGAAAUCCAAGAAGAUUCGAACAUUGUUAACCAGGAUAAAAGAAACUUAAAUGGAGUUUCUGCUAAAUCAGAAAUUGAUAAAAAUGUUUUUAAUAAUUCAAAUUCAGAUGAAACCAUAAAUCAAAAUUCUGAAGUUAACGUCGAUUAUAUCCAAAUUAAACCAACAAAACUUGAUGAUGAAAUUCAAAACGAUAAAAUAAGUGAUACCCUUAAAACAAGUUUAACCGAACAUGAAACUGAGAAAGAAUUGGUUGAUAUAUUAAGUGAAGAUAAAGAUAAGUCUUUUAACAUUGAAGUUAACACCGAAAACGCAAAAAUCGAUUCCUUUCCUGCAGAUAAUGAAAGAGAUACAGACGCAGAAAAUAAAAUAGUAAAUUCUUUGGAAGAUGUGCAUGAAAAAGAGAUUAAAAAUGAAACUCCAGAAGAUUCACUCAAUAGUGAGAUCAGGAAAGAUUUAAAAGAGGAAGAAAUGAGCAAGAAAGGAACAAAUAAAAAAGAAAAUAGUUUAGAAUGUGGCACUCACAAUGAAAGCUUAGACCAAAACUUGAAUAUAACCGAUGGAAUUAAUACUACUGAAGACAUUUCGGAAAAUUCAAAUUUUGAUCAAACUUUCAGUGAUCUUGGAAAUAUUAAUUUGAAUGAUAUGAAAUACAGCAAAACAGAGAUUCUCGAAUCUGAAGACAAGAAACCUGAGAUAAGCAUAACGAAAAAUUUAGUUACUUGUUCUGAUGGAGAAUCUAAGAAAAGCAAUAACGACACUGAAGAAAUAAAGUUAAGUAACAAUGAUAUUGUGGGAAAAGACACAGCAGAAUCUGAACAACUUAUUGUACACAGAAACCAAGAAGAAAAUAAAAAUCAAGACGAAGAAGAUUUUAAAGUUGAUCAGAAAGACACUGAAAUAAAUCGUAGAAAUAAAAGUGAAGAAAGCGAUAUUUUGGCAAAAGCAGAAAUGACCAUAGCAUCCAAAGAAAAGGAUUAUAAAGACGAUCACUUUACUAAUGAGGUUAAUAUUAAUAAAAAUUCAGAAAAGAAAAUAAGUCCACAUAUCAGUAUUGAUGAUUCAGAAGAUUUACAAUUGCAAAGACCAGCAAGUAAGACAAACAUUUUAGAAGUAAUCACUGCUAAAACCAAUGAGGACACCAAUAAAAGUGCGCAAUCGGAAGGUGUAUUUACCGAAAACAAAUCAGAAUUAAGUGAUGAUGAAUUAAAUGUUGAAAAUGAACUGAAACUAUUGAGAGAUUGGGCUGAUUGUCAAACUGAUUUAGAACCAAAAAUAAUGAAAUCUGAUUUAGAAGACGAAUUAAGCAGUUUUGAAAAAGAAAAUAAAGAACAUCCGAUUUCAUUGAAAAACAACGAUUCCAUGAAAACUGAAAACACUGUGGAUACUCAUUCCAUAGUACAAGUUAAUGACAUAAACAGCAAAUUAAUUGAUGAAAAUAGCUUAGAAAACCAAAACCAAAGUGAAAAGGAGACACGUGAUCAUAUUCAAGUAACUGAAAAUGCAGCAGUUCAUCACCCAAGCUUCGAAGAAGAAAAUUUAUCAGAUGAACAAAAAGACAACACAACCGCUAAAGAAGAUUUCUUAGAAAAAGAAGAUGUCAAAAAACUUGAAAAUAAUGUCAAGACUUCAAACCAUUCUAAUAUUGCAAUGCCCGAACCUAUCUCGGUGGAACUGGAUGAAACUAAGGAGAACGAUGAGACAACGCAUACAAAUCAAUUAGGGGGUAUAUCAGAGUCAACUAUUACUAACACUUUAGAUAUUGAUAAUUUAACACCAGAGUCUAAUAUUGGCACAGUAAAUUCACACAAUUAUUCUAACAAAAUUGGCAGUAGUGAAAAUGUUAGUGAAAAUACUUUAAAUCUUCAAAAUUCUGAAGUGAAUCCUAAAUAUAUCAAAGAGAAUAUACGUACGAAUUAUGCUGGUCAGAUAACAGGACCCCUAAUGGCAGAAGUGCAUCUGAAAUCCUUUACGCUUAAUAAUCCGCCGGAAGCAGGAAUGAGAGGUUUUCCUUGGACAAACGAGAAUAAUGUCGAGAGUUCAACAAAUAUUGGUAAAAAAAUACCACAAGAAAAUACUCAUAAUGAUAUAACUUUAGAAGAUAAUCAAAAAUCUAUCAACUUGGGGAUGGAAGAAAAUAAAAUCAAUGCAGAAACUAAUAUCGGUCCCGAUAGACAUAUGAAUGGAAAUAAAACAGCUGAAGAACCAAUUAUUAAACCAACUACUGAAAAUAAUCGAACUGCUACUUAUUUAUAUGGCAUACAUACAGCUUUGAAGGAUUUAAAUCAAACUCAAAAAGAUUAUAAACCUGCUGAAGCUUUCACUAUUCCUUUUCAUGACCCUAAAGUAAUGUUACAAGAGACUACGGAUUCGAAGAUACUCCCUGCUAAUGACGAUAAUACAUUUGAGCAAUACGACGAUGAUUUUCCUAAGUAUACUGAAGUGCAAGGAAAUGAAAGCGUAGUUCUAGAUGAAAAUGAAAAUAAAGUUAAUGAUGAAAUCUUGGAUUCGGAAACGCCAACAAAAUUAUUCAAUGAACUUGAAGCCUUUGAUUUCAACCAAAAUGUAGAAAGUUCUCCAGACAUGGCUGUCACUUACACAGCUGAAGAAGCUAUGUCGUUAUUAUUAAACAAUCCGAGUUCAACUCUGCAUACCAUAGUAGAACAAAAUGAAAACGAGACUCCGCGUUCUACAAAGACUGAAAAUAGCAAACGUAGUAGUGUGAAAUUGCAACUUGAUGACACAGAAAAAGUUACUGAGACCUUAAGAAAUGAUAAAUUAGUCUCUGAUGCAAAAAUUGAACUCAUUGAUAGUUGGUCUCCUACCAAGAGGCUUAAUGAAAACGUAAAUUCAGAAGAGACUGAAGAAUCAGAAGGUCACAGUAGAAAACGUGGUAAAAGGUCUAUAGAUAAUGACUUUAUUGUUAGUGAUAAAGAAAAUCAGAAAACAAACAAUGACGAUAAACAUGAAUUAAAAGAAAUCCCCCAAAGUAAACCGGUCGCAGCAAAUAAAGAUCGUUUUAUGUUAGAAAAAAAUUCAGAUCCAACAAACAGUGAAAUAAAAAUGGAAGAAGAAGUGAAUAAGAAAGCUCUUAGUUUCGAUGAAACACAACCUGAAAUACUUAAGGUUGACACAAGUGACAACUACACAGUAAAUAGUAAAAAUUCUAUGAAUGAUUUACAAGAAUAUUUAGCCAUCGAAAAAGCUGUCAUGAAUUCUCAACCUCACAACAACGAUUCAAAUUUGCAACCACUUCAUUCAUCUGUAGAUGUAAAUAAAACUGAUACGAAUUCAACUUCUGUUGAUAUUACAGCGGAAACAAGAAACCCAUUGGGAGCAAAAAAUUUAUUAGGAGAAGAAAAAAUAUUUCCUGCAGCUAUAGAGGAAACAUAUAUUGAAAAAACUACGUCAAAAUCGGAUAUUAUUUUAAACCAAAAUGUUAAUGAUGAUCUUACUUACAUUAAAACUGAUGAAGAAUUGAACUAUGAAUUCAACAAAAAUAAUCCUAACCAGAUCAUCACUGAGAAUACUGAAGUACCGGCACCUAUAAAGGAAAAUGUACACGACAGAUCUUUUAUAGAUUUAGUUGACGAAAAUAUAAAAACCGAUAAAGCCAGUCAUCCAGAAGGAAAUGAAAACAUUUUAAAGGUUCUGAACGAAAUACCAUCCGAAGACACAGAUGUCAUUAUUUUAGAAAACGAUAUUAAAGAAAUAGAACCAAUAACUCAAAAGAGCCAAGUACAGAAUAUUGGUAAUGAUAUUUUGAAAAAAAUUGGUAAUUUGGUUGUACCAAAACAAUCAAAUGAAGAAAUAAAAAUAUCAGAUACUAAUAGCUAUGACACUGAACACAUAAAUGAAACUAUUAAUCUUGCACCUGCAAGCUGCUCAAAUCUAGAACCAGAAAACGCAGACCUGUUAGAUAAGAACAACGAACAAAAUUUAGGUAAAACGUACGUUAAAGAAAAUGCUUCAUAUCCAAUUUCAGAAAAUAGAUUUCAAAGUACCAAUACCGAACUCAUAAGUACGAAUACCGAUAAAAAAUUAAUUCCAGAUGAAGAGAAUGGAUAUUUGUUGGAAGUAAGGACUCCACUAAAAGAAGAACAAAUGUUGGCUAUUAAUAACUCCGAUAUGGAAUUUAAAAAUGCUGAUAACUUAAACUUGCAAGACAAUGAACUAAAUUUAGGAAGAACCUACGUUAUAGAUAGCAUUUCUGAGUCAGAUAAUACCGUUAAAAACAUCAACACUGAAUUGAAAAGUGAGGACGUUGACAUAAAUUUAAUUAAAGAGGAUGAAGAACGAAAGGACAAAAAUGAACUUUUAAUUGAUGACACGGGAUCAAAUGAUUUAAAAGAAAAUUUAAACGAGAAAACUGAACUUUUAAUUGAUGACAGAGGAUCGAAUGAUUUAAAAGAACCAUGGACAUUGCUACAAGAACGUAUAAGUUCUGCAGAAAAAUUAAUUUCGGAAACUGUUUUUUAUGAUACAACACAAAUAGACUAUGUGCAAGAAACGCUUCAAGACCUCAAGAACUCUGCUAAUGAGUUAAACAAUAUUGAAAGUCUUAUGUUGAAUGCUCCAACUCCACCAGAAACACCACCUGGAAUGACUGACGCUGUUAAUAAUGACUUCGAUUUGAGUCAAGCGGAGCAAUUAGAAAAUCGUAACAAAGCUGCAAUUGUCAUACAGAAAUUUUUUAAAAACUAUUUAAAAGCUAAAAAAAAUGGACCCAUAUCGGAUAAUUCAAUUAAUAAAAAUGACACUACACUAAAUAAACGGCCUUUCGAAAAUAACGAUUCAGAAAAUAAAAGAAAUAUUGCUGCUGCUGUGAUUCAGACCGUAUUUAAAAAUUAUAUGAAAAAGAAAGCCAGGGAAACUGAAAACAAAUUAUCUAAAAAUAACUCAUGGAACGAUUCAUAUGUUACGGAAAUAUAUGUUGGAACUGACUUGGGAGAUAGGCAAAACGAGGACUCCAAAUCAUUAUCCAGCUUAGAAUUUAAAAGUGACACAUUCAAUGAAAAUGAUAACAUAGUGCAACAUGAAUUGAAUAAUAUGGAACCAACAGCACCAACGGAAGCCGAAGUGAUGGAAGAAGAUGCUGAAAAGGUUAAAGUGAAUUGGUUUGUGGGUAAUGUACCAAUUAAGCCAACAGAUUAUGAGUACAGCAGGAAUGAAGAGAGUACAAAACGCAAUUCUAUAUCCUCCGACUCUGAAAGUAGUUUAGAAAAUGAUGCAUGCGAUAAUAAUUUGAGUAAAAGUAUAUCAGCACCAGACUUAUUGGCAACUAAAAAAGUAGAUAGUACCGGUAGUUUGCUUACAAAAGAUUCCACACAUAUUGAAGACAAAUUCAAUAACUCAACAAAUGAUAUUCAAAAUAAUGGGGAUUAUAAAAAUUUAACGCACACAAAUAUUCUAGAAAAUUCCGUUACAGAGAGUGCAGAACAUUUGGAAGAGGUUAAUAAGAACAGCAGGAUUCAAUCGACUGAAGUUGAACUUGGAGAGAAAUUGAAAGAGGGAAAGGAAAAUGAACAUAUCCAAAGCGCUAAUGUAGCAGAUCACGUAUCGUUUGACACUAAUCAAGUUGAUGAUAAUGUUCCAAAAACUACUGAAAAAGCAGAAGAGGAAGAGAAUAUUCAUCAGUAUACAAUCAAUUCAGAUCUUAUCCAAAAGGAACUUGAUUUCUUAAAUUCUGAAAGAAACUUCAGUAGCACCAGUAUUCCUUAUACUCGAUUCAAAACAACAGAUGAAGAAGUUGAGAGUACUGAGCUAAAAUCUCAAACAAGUGAACUUAGCAAUGAUGUGGACACAUCAACAGACGAUGCAUUCGAGGCAGUAACUGAAAAACUUGAUGAUGCCACAGUAAUUAUAUCAAGAAUGCAACAACGACGUGCAUCUGAAACCCUAAUAAAUACUGGAGAUGAGAAAUUAAAACGAGAAACCAGUUUUGAUGAGCCAAUUAUCAAAUCUAUGCAAGAACUACAAGAACAAAAAUCAACAGAUGUUGAAGAUGAUGAUAUUAUAAUUAUGGAGGAUUUGCAGCGUGAAGAGACUCGUGAGAGUUCUGCGCAAAGCGACUCUGUUGUUUUCGGUACAGAAAAUUUGCAAGAUAUUGAGAUUGUUUUUGGUCAGGAUGACACCGAAAUAGAUGUAAUGCCAAGGGCUUCUUUAAAACGAUUAUACACUAUAGCUGGUGAAGAUCCGAAAACGCUUUUUAAAUCAGUUACUAUCGAUGAAACUAUUAAAUAUAUUGACCCAACUGAAAGCGAUGAAACUCUAACAAGCGGAAAUAGUUUCUGUCUUGAUGAUGACACUUCAGAAAAUAUACGCAAAAAAAUGAUGGCAUACUCAUUGUCUGAUGCAGAUUCUGAUUUCUAUGAAUCAAGUGCUGAUUUUAAAAACUCUAGCAUUGAAAAAUCUAAAUUCACACAAAGCGAUUUUAAUGUAAGCACUGCUUUAAUGGACACUACUGGCACAUCCACUGAAACUGAAUCAACUAUAGUAUCUGCUGCAACUAAGAUACAAGCAGGAGCUAGAGGAUUUAUAACAAGGCGACGACUUCGGCGUGCAAGUGCUGGUACUAAAUCGUCGAUACAGGAUUAUUCUUUACAAGAUGAUAACAAGGCUUCAUUUGGUAAUGAUGCUAUUAGUGAAUCAUUAGAGAAAUUUGUUGAAGAUGAAGCAGCUAAAAAAAUACAAAGCGCUUAUCGGUCACAUCUACGAAAAAUAAAUAAGAAAAUUCGGAAUGAUAGAGAUUUGAGCUCUUUGCCUACAACAAGUAUGGAAAACACAUUGGCUGCAAGACGUUUAACCUUACAAAGAGGCGAUGCUUUACGCAACGACUCAACACCAGAUGAAGAUAAUGGAUCGAGUAGUAAUGGGAAACCCAUAAAAACACGUAAUAAAGUCAAUACCAAAGAUAUGCAUCCAAUUAAGUCAGUUGUGCUAUCAAAUAAAUCCAACACAGCUGCUGCGGCAUCUAAUGCUGAUCGAAUAAAGAAAAUAAGUGACAACAAACUUAAAUGGCUAGCGAUGCGACAAAAUUCUAUGCCAGUGCAAAUUGAUUCGGAAGUAUUCCGCGUCAUCCCAAAACAUAUGCGUAAGAGGAAUAAGAGCGCUGAAAGUGAGAAAAAAAUUCGCAGACGUGUACUAUAUGAUUAAGUGAGAAGGCUUAACUAAAUAAUUAUUUAGAAUUAUUGUUAACAUUUAUGAAAGUAUAUGCGUGGCUUAGAUAUAAAAAUGUUUCUGCAUAUUUUUAAAAAAUAA